AUGCAAACAUUAUUGGGGUAUAAUGGUAUCCAUAAAAGACUGUCUAUCAAUCUAUCCAAAAUUAAGUACAAUAAGAUCACUAUAAUACAAAAAUAUGUAAUACCAAUUUUGAUGGGCGGAAGAGAUAUAAUAGCCAGAUCACCAUCCGGUUUAGCCGGUUCAGGAAAAACUACAGCUAUUGUUAUAUCAACACUGAAUUGUUUACUUAAAAAUCUGACUGCAAUAAAUAGCGACGGUUAUCAUUCAGAUCCAUCUGCUGUAUUCAUUGUACCCACGAAGCAACGUGUUAUACAUAUAUAUAACGUUAUUAGUCGACUAAGUGAAAAAACUCCAAUUAAAUAUGGGCCCUUAUUUGAUAUAAAAUCGAUACCCAACCAAAAACGGAUAAUACAGAACGGUGUUCAUAUUGUCAUUGCUACUCCGGAAAGCUUAUUUGGUUUUGUAAAUCGUGGUUGGAUCACUUUUACUGCUUUGCAAAUACUUGUACUUGACGAAGUCGAUUGCAUGUUUGAAAUGGGUUUUAAACCGGAAAUUGAGUUUAUACUUAACAAUCAAACUAUGGUAUCGAAGGACAAAAGAACAACAGCUGUGUUUUCGUCCACUAUGACCAAUAGUGUUAAGCAAUUAGCAAUGAUUUAUCAAAAACCGGAUUAUGUAUCAAUAGAUAUGGAAGAGAUAAUUGAAUCAUCUAGGCCAUCUACUACACUAGAUAUAUUUAAUAGAAGAUAAGGUACCCACUAAAGUUUGGGAAAAGACAUGCAUUAUUGUAUUUGUUAAAAGAAAUUGAUGAAUAAAUUAAUUUCUUUUUUUUUCUCGAGUUAAAUAGG